GGGUUAUUUAACCAUAGAGCUGCUCUGACAGCUGCUGUCCCGAACGAUCUCGGCUCUUAUAUCGAGAAAAAGGUAAUUGGCGCCUCUCUAUUUGGCUACACAAAGGACAAGCAGUACGAGGAUCAACUUACAAACCAUUCAAGCGAUCGCAUGCGAGUCUGGUGCAACGAUUGA